AUGGCCUCUCAGCUUCUGUUGUUGGCUUUCCUUGCCAUAACUUCUUCCAUUGCUUUGGCAUCUGACCCAAGUUCUCUUCAAGAUUUCUGCGUGGCUGAUCCGAAAACCUCAGUACCAGUGAAUGGUGUUGUCUGCAAGGAUUCCAAACUUGUUGAUGCCAAUGACUUCUUCUUCAGUGGGCUUCACCUAGCAGGAAACACAUCAAAUGCAGUUGGCUCACGUGUGACCCCUGUUAAUGUAUCUCAAAUAGCAGGACUUAAUACUCUUGGUAUCUCCAUUGCGCGCAUCGACUAUGCACCAUGGGGAAUUAAUCCUCCCCACACGCAUCCUCGAGCAAGCGAAAUCUUAACAUUCAUGUGUUUGAUUUCAAUAGUUCGAUGGUGCAUGUGA